UAACUAGUCUUUAUGGCAGCUAAUUCUUUCUUGAAAUGUCUGUUACUUCUGUGCUUCGUUAGUGGCGGCUGGGCUUCGGAUUUUGGCGAGUCGGCGUGCACUUUGAAAGUUCCGGCGGCGAAAUUUGAGGCGGCGGUGAGGUCGACGGCCGCCCAACUCCGGGAAGUAAUCACCACCGUUUCGAAAUUCGCCGAUGCCGCCUCCGGCGAUUUCCGGUUAAGCACCGCACUUUCCGACUGCCAUGAUCUCAUGGAUUUUUCACUCGACUUAUUGAACUCCACUAUGCUUACUACUAAUUCUCAGAAUCCAAAUGGUAAUUAUGGGAGUGCUGAUAUGAAGAUAAUGGUGUGUGGAUUACUAGUGAAUCCGCGCACGUGCAGAGAAGGCUUCGACGGUAUAGUAACAAAAAACACGACCCUCGUCAAAAAAUCGAUUUUCACCGGCCUAGACAAAGUUGUCUCGUCGGCACAUAAACUUAUUGCCAUGGUAAACCCUAAUAGUCCACCCACCCCAUCUAAAAAGAGUGGUCGAAAACUCAUCGGAGAUAGUGAAAAGUUUCCGGAUUGGGUGAAAUCCGAUGACCGGAAACUUCUCCAGGCGGCGGUCGGCAAUACCACCAAUGCGGACGCGGUGGUUGCGGCCGAUGGCACGGGGGAUUUCACCACGGUUAAGGAGGCUAUUGAGGCGGCACCGGACCACAGCAAUAAAAGAUAUGUUAUUCAUAUUAAGAAAGGUGUGUAUAAGGAGUAUGUGGAGAUCAAUAAGAAGAAAUGGAAUAUUAUGAUAAUCGGAGAUGGCAUCGAUUCUACGGUUAUUUCGGGUAGUCACAACAAGGUUGAUGGAUGGACCACUUAUCGCUCUGCGACGUUUGGUGUUAAAGGGAAAGGAUUCAUAGCGCGUGACAUCACAUUCGAGAACACGGCGGGGCCCACAAAGAUCCAAGCCGUCGCAUUCCGAUCAGAUUCCGACCAAUCCGUGGUGUACCGGUGCGCCAUCAGAGGCUACCAGGACACACUCUACUCCCACUGCAUGCGCCAGUUCUACAGAGAGUGCAGAAUCUCCGGCACGGUGGACUUCAUCUGCGGCCACGGCACCGCCGUCUUCCAGAACUGCCAGAUCACCGCCCGAAAAGCACUCCCCGGCCAGAAGAACACCAUCACGGCUCAGAGCCGGGAGUACAUUCUCGAUCCGUCCGGGUUUUCCAUCCAGUUCUGCAACAUCUCGGCCGAGCCGGACUCGGUCGGUUCGACUCAGACCUACCUCGGCCGGCCGUGGAAAAGGUAUUCCCGGACGGUUGUUAUGCAGUCGUACAUUAGCGGCGCCGUCAGGCCGGAGGGGUGGCUCGAGUGGAAUGGGAGUUUGUAUCUGGAUAGUUUGUUCUACGGGGAGUAUAAUAACUACGGGCCCGGAUCUGGGUUGACGGGUCGGGUUAAGUGGCCCGGUUAUCACGUGCUUAAUGACUCGGCUCAAGCGUAUGGCUUUACUGUGGCUCGGCUGAUUUCUGGGAACGCGUGGUUGCCUUCCACUGGGGUCACGUAUACGGCUGGUUUGGCCAAUUGAGAGUUUAUUAUUUUUAAUAAAUAAUCAUUUCUUUUAAUUUGUGUGACAAAUUGUGUAUUAUUUCAUCUUUGCUUAUUUACUUUUGAUUUU